AUGCAACAACGUGACUCCAAAUUGGUCUUUAGUCAUUUUAUAAAAUGGCUAAAAAUAUUCAUUAUCCUGACCAUUGUGACUGGACAAAAUCCGGCAGAUGCAGCCAAAAUCUUAGGCAUCUUUCCACAUGCCAGUGAAAGUCAUUUUGUGGUAAUGAGGACAUUUAUGAUGGAAUUGGCUAGACGGGAACACAAUGUCACAAUUUUUACCAGUCAUCGAUUGGAUGAUCGCCUGGACAAUCUAAGGGAAAUUGUGGUCGAACCGGAAUUUCCAUUUUGGCAGGAGGUUCAAAAACAAUCCGGUGCCAAAGAUCUGCAAGAACUCAGCAAAUUCGGCGAGGAGAAGCUUAAUAAAUAUUUAGCCCAAGCUGGCCACUUACUAAUGGAUUAUUUCCUAUCCAAUUAUCAAGUAAAGGAUAUUCUAGAUAUGCCUCCCGAACAUUUCGAUUAUGAUUUGAUAAUUGUGGAUUUAUUCUAUACGGAAGCUUUGUUGGCAUUGGGUUAUUACUUCCGAACACCUGUAGUCGGUAUUGUUAGUACAGAUUUUGCAAAUUAUAUGGAACGGGUUCAGGAGAUAAUGGUACCGGCGGCAUGUUUACCCUAUGAUUUGGAAAAUUAUGAUACCAGUAUUGGAUUUUGGCAAAGAUUGACGAAUAUUAAGCAGUGCAAGCGGCAGCGAGAGGCAUUCAUUUCGGAACAUUAUGCCAGACAGGAGAAGAUUAUGCAGAAAUAUUUGCCUAAAAUUCAAGGUCCCGUACCCUCUAUCGUUGAACUUCAAGCCAAUCUGGCCCUGCUGUUGGUUAACGACUACUACCCCUUGGCAAUACCCAAACCUUUGAUACCAAACAUAAUACCUGUUGGAGGAUUACAAAUUCGUGCACCACGAGAAUUACCCUGGCAUAUCAGACGUUUCUUGGACGAAGCUCGUUCUGGGGUAGUCUACAUAAAUUUAGGAGACGAACAGCUUUGCAAAGAAAUUCCCAAGGAAAGGCUUGAAGUCCUAAUGCACGUCUUUAGUAAACGAGAGGAACGUUUCCUAUGGACUUGUCAUGACCUACAGAAGCUUGAAGGCCUUCCGAAGAAUGUAAUGUUGAAUCACUUGGUGCCACAGACAGAUAUUUUGGCCCAUCCCCAUAUUAAACUGUUCAUAAUGAAUGGUGAUUUAAUGGCUCUGCAGGAGGCCAUUAUUCGCCAUGUUCCGAUUGUGGGUAUUCCACUGUUCGACAAUGAAUUGGAAAAUGUCCAGACCGCGGUGAAGUUACAAUUCGGUUUACGAAUUGAUUAUGGCAAUUUUUCGGAGGUCUCCCUGAAUUGGGCUUUGGACACAAUGGCCAAUAAGGAAUUCUAUGUGUUGAAUAUCAGAGAUAUAUCGAAAAUAUAUCGUGAUCGGCCAUUGGGUGGUCUGGCGAGUGCCCUAUUUUGGUUGGAUUAUAUUCUGCGUUAUGGCAGUCUGCCGCUGAAGACCCAGGGCAUCGGAAUGCCUUUGGAUGAGCUGCAUUUAAGCGAUUUAAUUUUAUAUAAUUUCUUACUGCUGAUACUUAUUUUGCCCUGCCUAGCGGGAUUAUACUUUUUGGGAAUGUUUCUGUGGAGGAAACGUCAAACGGAGAAAAUGUUUUCAAAACUAAAUUAGUUUUUUAAGAAUAAUUUU